AUGAUGAAGAGGUUCUUUGAGGUCGAGGAGAGUACAAUUACUCGGAAGCUGAUAGCAGAUGAUGAUAUACGGGCACUAGAAAUCCUUGAGAAGACGACGAUCCGAAAAGGAAACCGUUUUGAAACGGGUCUGCUUUGGCGAACCGACAAUCCAUCGUUUCCUGACAGUCUACCAAUGGCUACGAAGCGAUUGAUUUCUCUAGAAAAACGACUAUCACGAAACCCAGAGCUGGACCAGAAAGUUAAGGAGCAAAUCGAAGCAUAUGAAGCAAAACAGUAUGCACACAAAGCGUCACCAGAAGAGUUGGAACAGUCAAACCAACAGCGAGUGUGGUAUCUGCCACUGGGAGUGGUUACUAACGAAAAAAAGCCUGGCAAAAUUCGAUUGAUUUGGGACGCAGCCGCUAAAGUCGAUGGAGUAAGCCUCAAUGAUCUCCUGUUCAAAGGACCGGACUUGUUAACGUCCCUGCCAGAUAUCCUGCAUCGGUUCCGAGAGAAAGAUAUAGCAAUCUGCGGAGACAUCGUCGAAAUGUUUCACCAGAUGUGGAUCAAGGAAGAAGACAAAAUAAGAUUCCUGUUCAGGAACAGCCCGGAGGAACCUAUACAAGUAUACGUCAUGGACGUGGCUACCUUUGGAGCUACAUGUUCACCCUGUUCAGCGCAAUUUGUUAAAAACAAAAACGCACGGGAAUUUUUGGAGAGCCAUCCACGUGCGGUCCACGCGAUCACUGAUAAUCAUUACGUGGAUGAUUUCCUGGAUUGCACUGACACUGAAGAAGAAGCGAUAGAUCUAAUCCGGGAAGUGAAAAUGAUCCAUUCAGCUGGGGGCUUCGAAAUAAGUAAGUUUCGAUCAAACUCGCCCCAAGUACUUUCAGCUCUUGGUGAACAAGAUUGCUCCUCCAGCAAACCACUUCGUUUGGACAAACAAGUUAUUGAACGGGUUCUCGGCUUGACUUGGAUACCAGCUGCCGAUGUAUUCACCUUUGAUACGAAGAGUCUGAUUGCAGCUACGAACACCUAUAGCAGUGGUACCCCAACGAAACGCCAGGUCCUUCAGACAGUCAUGAAGCUAUUUGAUCCACUCGGAUUUAUUUCGCACUAUAUCAUCCACGGUAAAAUCCUCAUGCAGGAGAUUUGGAGAUCCGGCACAAACUGGGACGAACCUAUCGCGAAUCAUUUGCUGGAAAAGUGGCACCGAUGGAUCGAACUGCUCGGCUUUCUUGAGGAGGUGAAAGUGCCACGCUGUUUCUUCAAAGGCGUACAUUCCAACUCGAUUCAUGGACUUCAAUUGCAUGUGCUGGUGGACGCUAGUGAAACUUCCUACGCCUGCGUGGCUUACCUACGACUGGUGUACGAAGGAGAAAGAAUGUGUGCAUUAGUUGGUUCGAAAACAAAAGUAGCUCCUCUCAAACCGCUUUCGAUACCCCGUCUGGAGCUACAAGCGGCGUUAAUUGGAACCCGCUUAUCGCAAAGUCUAUUGUCGGCGCUAACUCUUCCGAUCGAAAAGUGCUACUAUUGGUCCGAUUCGUCAACGGUCUUGUCCUGGCUCCGGUCCGAUAGCAGGCGAUAUCAUCAGUACGUGGCGUACCGAGUGGGUGAAAUCCUUUCAAUAUCACACGUUACCGACUGGAGACACGUUCCGUCGAAACUGAACGUGGCAGAUGAGGCCACAAAAUGGGGAUUCAGUCCAACUUUCGAUCCCAAUAGUAGGUGGUUCCGGGGACCAUCGUUCCUAUGGGAAUCAUAUGAAAAGUGGCCAUCCGAGGGAACAAGCAACCUUCCGACCACCAGUGAAGACUUACGCGCUGCUUUCCAACACCACUACUGUUUAACAACCAAUCCUUUAGUUGACACUUCUCGUUUCUCCAAUUGGAAUCGCAUGGUACGAGCAACGACUUACGUCCUUCGUGCAGUGGCCAUCUGGCGGAAAAAACAUUCCCCAAAACAAGAUAAAGUUCUGCAAGGUAGUGAAAUCCUGAAAGCGGAGAACAUUAUCUGGCGGCAAACACAGGCACAGGUUUAUACCGACGAGAUAGCGAUUUUGAGCGGGGGAUGUAUCCCAUCAACGAUUCCAAAGUGCAGCCCGUUAUUCCGACUUACACCCUUUUUGGACGAGCAAGGGAUUAUCCGCCAACAAAGCAGAAUCGAAGCAGCACCCUAUGCAUCUUAUGAGACAAAAUACCCUAUAAUUUUGCCAAAUAAGCAUCGCGUGACGUUCUUGCUCGUAGACAGCUUCCAUCGUCGGUUUUUGCACGGCAACAACGAAACUGUCUGCAACGAGAUUAGGCAACAAUACUAUAUCCCUCAGCUGCGUUCGUUGAUUAAAUUAGUUUCUCGGAGUUGUCAAUUAUGCAAAAUCAACAGAGCUACCCCGAAACCACCAAUGAUGGCACCAUUACCCAAGGUACGUUUGACACCAUUUAUACGAGCCUUUACGUUUGUAGGUGUGGAUUACUUCGGCCCACUGGAGGUGAAGGUAGGAAGGAGUCUGGUGAAGAGAUGGGUGGCCUUAUUCACAUGCCUGACUGUUAGGGCGGUUCACCUCGAAUUGGUUCACAGCCUAUCUUCCCAAUCUUGCAUUAUGGCCUUUCGACGAUUUGUGGCGAGAAGAGGGGCACCCAAAGAAGUAUAUACAGACAACGGUACUAAUUUCCAUGGAGCGGGUCGGCGGUUGAACGAAGAGAAGCAGAAAAUACAACAGUUAAGCGAAGAAUGUGCGGCGACCUUCACGAAUACCUAUACGACCUGGUAUUACAACGUUCCAGCGGCUCCCCAUAUGGGUGGACCCUGGGAGCGUAUGGUUAGAGCAGUGAAGACGGCAAUGAAGGCGAUUGCAGAGUAUCCAAGACACCCGAGUGAUGAAGUUUUAGAAACGGUAUUGUUGGAAGCCGAGGGGAUAGUAAACUCCCGUCCACUUACAUACGUUCCUCUGGAAGACGCCAAUCAAGAAUCUCUAACACCGAACCACUUCCUGUUGUAUGGGUCUACGGGCAUCAAACAACCAGCGGUAGAACCCAUAGGCAGCGGUGCUUGUCUCCGUGAUAGCUGGGUGCUUGCGCAGAAUAUAGUCGAUGGUUUUUGGAGCAGGUGGGUGACGGAGUAUUUACCCAUGCUAACAAGACGAACCAAGUGGUUUGAAAAGGUAAAACCACUCGAACCUGGGGAUCUCGUGAUGCUAGUUAAUGAGACAAUCCGGAGUUCUUGGGAACGAGGACGGAUAAUCAAGGUCAAGAGAGGUAUUGAUGGGCAGGUGCGGCAAGCAGUGGUUCAAACAUCCCGAGGAGUCUUAUCAAGGCCUGCUGUUAAGCUGGCUCUACUCGAUGUGAAGAUAGGAGGCAACGGUGAAAAUGUAGUUAACCCGGCCGGUAGUGGGUCAUCCCACGGGCGGGGGGAUGUUGCCACACUUCCUGGGCACAACGAUGUAGUGGAGAUGACACCCAAUACCGACUGUCCUACGGAUAUUUGA